AUCAGCAAGAGUACGUUGGUCGCUGAUAUACAAUGUUAUUACCGCAUCUCGUCCCUGCAUGUUCAUAUCAACCUUUCUCUACACGCAGACACCCUCGAUCCUCGAUCCUUGAUCCUCGACGUUGGGAAAAUACAUAUGACCUUAAUUAUAUCAAGCUUGCGUGACAUAGUAGCGAUUUGGCGCUUCCUUAUUGGCCAGUCACUAUAAGAGCCUCCUUUGAUCAGCAAGCACGUUUCGGUUGCGAAGGUUGUCAAUUUGUAGUGAUGGCGUCGUUUUGGAUGCUCGGAGGCCGUGUGGUAUUUGUUGUUCUCCUGCUUAGCCAAGGGGGAUUUUUUUUCGCUUAUUCCAUCAAAUAUAAGGUUGCAGCUUGGGCACCGAUAGUACAAGCUGUUUUAUUUGCUAUAACAGCGAUCGUGUGGCUUGCUCUCAUCUGCAAGAAAGCGAAACUUAGUCGUCUGUUUUAUGUCUGGGUUUCAUACGUUAUUACCCUUGUCGCGAACAUUGGAAUCUUAUUUGGAACUAUCGGAGACAAACUUGACAGCGAAAAAUUCCUUGGCCCUAAUGUCCUGAAGGGAGUUCUGUGUGUCACACCUCCUCUGUUGCUGUUGUUGUUACACAAUGCCAAUGACUUAGAUCGCUCUGAUGAACGCAAGGAUCUAGUGUCUAGGCUUUCCUACCAAAUGGCCAUCGAUCUUUUCGACGUUGUGGAUAUGAUAGAUAUCGUCUUAGAAGACAAAAGACACGGGAGUGCGAAUUGCUCGUGUACAAAUACUAUAAUAAAAGAAACCAACCUGACAAGUGCAACUUCAAGCCUCAAAACAAUUCCUGAAAGUUUCGGAAUAGUCAUGGUUACAGUGGCAUCUCUCAGUCUACUUAUGUCACUUUGGCAAUUGUUUGAGAACAAGCUAUCAACAGAUGACACAAAGAUUCGCUUCCGAGCGACAGUUCUUCGCAAUUUGGUAGAGAUAGCUUUGGUUAAUUUCGUCUUCUUGAUCAUUCGCUUAGUGGUGUACGCUGAGUACCGCAGAGAUGAGUCUAUUUUUAUUGCAAAGAAUAUCAUAUCAAUAGUUUUGUCCAUUUUGGAAAUUAAUGCACAUUGUGAAACGCAUUCCGUCAGAUUUUGGUCUGAGUUAUGUAAAAGUUGUUUUGGACUGAGAGUGGUCUAAAAUGGCAAGCAGUGUUUGUUGUCAUUAUUUACACAGAGCGAAAUCGGUUUAGAGACAACUUUGUGAAAACUGCUUAGACAUUAUUUAGUUAUCAUUAUUGUCAUUGUAGUAAUUUUUUACUAUUGUAUCGCUGUAUGAUGGUAGACAUUCCGAAAAUCGCUUGGUGUAAUAAUAGACGAUAAACUCGAUUGGCAUAGUCACAUCGAAAAAUUAACCAAAAAGAUCGCCUCUGGUAUCGGGGCCCUAAAGCGAAUUAGGCACCUGAUCCCAGCAUCAACCUUACAUCUCGUUUACCAAGCCUUAGUAAAACAUCACUUUGAUUACUGUGACAUUGUUUGGGAUAACUGUGGGAAAACGCUACGAGAAAAUUGCAGAAAAUGCAGAAAUUGCAGAAUAGAGCAGCCCGUGCGUUGACAUUCUCUAAUUAUGAUGCUGAUGCAACUGAACUACUCGAGUUUUUAAGGUGGAAAAAUCCUGCACGCCAGCAGGAAAUUCACAAAGCCACCAUGGUGUUUAGAUGUCUACACGGGCUAGCUCCAGAGUAUCUGUGUUCAAAGUUUACGUGGCGUGACUCUGCUUAUGACCUCAAGGACUCUGAAAAUAAGCUCAAUGUUCCAUUACCGCGCACUAAUUAUUACCGAAAAAGCUUUAGCUGCAAUGGCGCCACAUUAUGGAACAGUCUACCAUGCGAUAUAAGGAACACAGAGUCUCUGGGGGUAUUUAAACGUAAGAUCAAUGACAUUCUUUAAGUCUAACGCACGGCACUCACGGGAAACAGCUUUUAGUGUUAUAGUAUAUAGUUUGAGUUUUAAAUAUUCUAGCGUAUGUGAUAUGUAUUUUUUAGGCUGAUGAAUUGACCGUGUUUAAAUAAAAAUGAAAUGAAAUGAAAAUGAAAUAAGUGAUAUCUCAUGCAUGAUUAAUGUGUGCGGCGCUUCUAAAGCCGAGGUCAAAUACAAGGUAGCGUUGUAAGUUUUAAAAAAAAUCUUACAAGUUUUGCUACUUUAUACUCUUUUACUACUUUUUAAGGUUUAAAUUUACUGUAACAUAAGAUAUAUGAUUUCAUAUCUGUUGAGAAAUUAAGACUAUAUCAGACUCUUGAUGUGCAACUGAAUGUGUAAUCAUGGAAAUUAUUAAACAGCUCACCCAAAGCGAUCACUAAACUACGGUGACGUACAUUAAGGACUGUGUUUCUAACAGUGUUCAAAUAUUUAAUUUUAACAUGGUGACCCAGAAACUAAAAAGACAGCCAUCUCAGUGGGUGAUAAUCAAUAAAUUUAGUCUAUAGACUUUGUAUACGAAUUAUGAAAUCACUUACAAAUUUACACCUUUGACUUUGCCUGUCAAGAACUAUUACGAAGGCACGGUAAACUAUUGAUUCGAACUGCGAAAGAUUACGCACAAAACUUCAAUUUUGUUGUUGGGGAGUUCACAUUCAACUAAAAGUUAGUGUUCAAAGGCAAAAGUUUAUUUUUCAGAAUGUUUUUAAAAUUCUUGUCCUAUGAGACACGAAAGAUUUUUUCUAGAAUUCUUCAAAUUAAAUCGUUCAAUUCAUAUAAAGAACGGCAAUUUUGUUUUUUUCUCGAGUGGAAGGCUAAAAAGUUCGAAUUUGAAUUCCUUAAACAAUCGAAAACGAUGGAAAGGCAGCCAUGAUUAGAUACAAAUUUUGUAUCCUACGCAAUUCAGGGGAGUCGCUUAACUCGACAGUUGCUCUUAUUACGUUACUUACCGAAAGCUAUCAGGUUUUUUAUUUGUAUUUGUUCACAUCCGCUUUUCUCGGAAAAGAUUACUUCAUUGUCUUACGCUUUCUUAGAAACAACGUUCUUGAAUUAUGCUUAUGAAAAAGUUUAUUUCGAUGCAACAGCAGUAACUUUGUUAUAGGAGCUUCUGAAGGCGAAACUCGUCGUUGAAGUGCCUUAAAAGAUUAUCUUUAUUUUGGCCUCUUGGUUGGUCUGCGUUGGGCGAUUCCUUUUCUUUGGCUUGUUAGGCCUCCAGGCCUACUCGCUAGCUUCGUAUCCUGCCGAGUACGAAAGCGAAGAUGAUUUCUAUGGACUAGUCCUCCUGUACGGACCCGCAAUGUGUCUUUGGCUUUAUAUCAUGUGGGACGACAAACAUUUACCAUGGUUAUUUGCUGUCUGGAUAUGCUAUAUCUUAGGUUUCGUGAUCUUCAUCCUUAUCAUAUUUGGAGGCGACAAACCGAUUGAAGAUAAGCUCGACAAAGCGAAAUUCUUCGGUCCAAACAAUCUAAAGAUGACACUUUGCCUUGCCCCAGUGAUUCUGUUGUUGCUUUUGAGUACUGGAACAGAUUCUAACCGCUAUAGAGAUCAAAUCUGGCAGAUAUCCCUACGAAUGGCUCUGGAUCUCUUCGAUGGAGUUGAAAUGCUGGAAGUUAUCAUCGAAGAAAAUGAAGUUAGCCAUGGUGUUCCAAAGCCCUUUGAAAAAGCCAUACUCGCUUUUGUCUGUAUCAGUUUUAUCUUCUCCCCAUUGCAACUGGUUGAGAUAAAGUCAAGAACUUCCAAUAGGUGGGGAUUUCUACGUAGAUGUAGAGAAGGUUUGCGAACAGCACUACAGAUCAUCUGUGUUAAUUGUGUGUUUUUGGGGCUUCGCAUGUAUCUAUGGCGGGGCUAUGGAAAAGAUGCCUCUAUUUUUAUCGCUAAAAAUGCUAUUGUCAUUUGCCUUGGCCUUUUCGAGGUAUGUUCAAUCGGUAAAUGUUGUGGUUGUGACGGUUAUUGA